AGGAUCAGCAGGGAAUCUGGUGUAUUCUGCUGUUUAAACUGAACCCCGCUGCAACAUGGCGGGAGCAGACACGCGGCUCACAAACCGGAUGUGACAUCUAUGUGUUUAUAGCUCUGUGUCAUCCAUACACCCUGACAGCGAGCAUCCUUUCUCCACGGUGAAGCCCGACUCGCGUUAUAACAUGUCUUCCUCCGUCCUACCCGUGUGACGAGCACCACCCUGGCACAGUCAUGCCGUCUGCAGGUUACGCCAGCAGCCAGGACAGCGCCACAGAGAAGGACCGGCUGCUCUCCUCCGUCGCUGGCUAUGUGUCCCAGGACCAUCUUGGUGGUGGGAGCCCCCAUCCCACUGCCCUGAUGGGCUCUGAGCUCCACCAGCAGCAGGACUCAGCGGAGGAGGAGGAAGAGGUCCUGAGAAGGAAACUCAAGUACUUCUUCAUGAGCCCUUGCGACAAGUAUCACGCCAAGGGGCGCAAGCCUUUUAAACUGGGCCUGCAGCUGCUGAAAAUCAUCAUUGUGACUGUGCAGCUGGUGCUGUUCGGACUGAGCAACCAGAUGGUGGUGACAUUUAAAGAGGAGAACACUGCGGCGUUCAAACACCUUUUCCUGAAAGGUUAUCAGGACAAUGCUCCCCAGGCAGUGCACACACAGGCCGAGCUGAACAGACACAUCAGCUUCGCCAUCGACCAGUACAUGGCGCUGCCAAAGAUCUCUCUGGGACGGUACGCAUAUGUGUUGGGUGUCGGUGUAAACGGAAGCGCGCUCUCGCUGUGCCAAAGGUACUACAGGAGGGGCACCAUCGACCCCGUCAACGACACCUUCGACAUCGACCCUCAUGUUGACACCGACUGCAUUGGACUGGACCCUCAGACUCCAGGGAGCAGCGAGCACAAGAAUUUCACUCUCAAGUUUUACAAACUGAUCAACGUCACUAUCGACUUCCAGCUGAAGGCCAUCAACAUUCAGACCAUUAUAAACAAUGAAAUCCCCGACUGCUACACCUUCGCUAUCACGAUCGUCAUGGACAACAGGGCGCACAGCGGCCAAGUUAAGAUCAGUCUGCAGAACCAGGCCUCUAUAAAGGAGUGCAAGGACCCCAAUGUGUCCGGACACGCUGAGAGCUACGCGCGGGAGUUCUUUGAUGUGCUGGUGGCGCUGGUGUGCCUGCUGUCUCUGCUGCUGUGUGGCCGCUCUGUCCUCCGAGGCGUCCUCCUGCAGCAUGAGUACGUGCAGUUCUUCAAACACCGGCUCGGCCGCAGCGUGAGCUGGGGGGACAGGACAGAGUUCAUCAAUGGCUGGUAUAUCCUGCUCAUUGUCAGCGACAUGUUCACCAUCAUCGGCAGCUUCAUCAAAAUUGGCAUAGAGUCCAAGAAUCUGUCAUCAUAUGACAUGUGCAGCAUCCUGCUGGGAACCUCCACUCUGCUGGUGUGGGUGGGAGUCAUCCGCUACCUCAGCUUCUUUCAGAAGUACAAUAUCUUGAUUGUGACUCUACGAGCUGCUUUUCCUAAUGUCAUCCGCUUCUGCUGCUGUGCGGCUGCUAUUUAUCUGGGAUAUUGCUUCUGUGGCUGGAUUGUGCUGGGGCCCUAUCACGCCAAGUUUCGCUCCCUGUCCACGGUGUCCGAGUGCCUGUUUUCUCUGAUCAACGGAGACGACAUGUUUGUAACGUUCGCUGAGAUGGAGCAGAGCGGCACACUGGUGUGGAUCUUCAGCCAGGUCUACCUUUACACCUUCAUCUCCCUCUUCAUCUACAUGGUGCUGUCCCUCUUCAUCGCACUCAUCACUGGAGCCUACGACACCAUCAUGGCCCAAACGCAGGAGCGGGUGCACGUCGCAGAUCUGCACGCUUUCAUCGCACAGUGCACGGACACACCCAGCUCUGGCAAGUUUCGCGGGCCUGAGGGGCCGUCCUGCUCCGUCCUCUGCUGCUGUGACUGAGGAGGAGGAGGAAGAGGAUGCACUGAGGGAGGGUGUGUGUGUGUGUGUGUGUGUGUGUGAUCUUGAUUUUAUUUUUUCCUUUCAAAGCACCAUGUUUCCACUGCAGCGAUAAGUGAGCACGCUUCCCACACACCCAGCAGGGGUGGAAACUGACUGACCUUGGACCAGGUUGUCCCAUGUUUGAAUUCAGCUUUUAACCUAGUGCUGGAGCAGAACAGUGCACUGCACAUGCACACUCACAGCCCAGUUCCCUGCUUGGCUUCUGUGCUGUAAGAAUAAUGUCUGUUUCUGAGAUGUCACGUUGUUAGGGCUUUGAUGACAGUGUGCCAAUGUUCAUUUGAAUGAUCCACUAUGUUCAGGGUUUUUAUUAUUGUUUGAUUGUCCACACAGCUACCUGGGAGACAGGACUGUUGUGCCUCUGGAACAUGUAAAUAUAUGUAAAUCCUCUGGAUCUGCUUAGCAGAGGUGGAAUAGACACGAGACAACCGCAGCGAUCACUAGAGACUGCAAGUGUGCAUUAGUUUCUGCAACAUGUUCAUUCCAUGCAUUUGCUGGAAUUUCUUUCUUUGCUCCUUGUCCCAUGUUCACAUCUUCCUGGGGCGGGAAGGAGAUGAUGGCUGAAGGGGGAAGGUCAAGGCCUGCAGCCAGCCCGUUAGUCAUUACUAUGUAUGAACUGGUUCUGCUGUAAGCAGCCAGGUGACUCCAGCCAGGUGACUCCACACUAACACACUGACAAACAGAGCACUUUCACUGUUUGCUCCACGCGAGGCUGCAAAGUAACAUCCCUGUAGAAAAUUAGGACAACGUCAGGUGAUGUGUUAGCGACGACCUGUUGUAGAAAAAUGUCGGAGUGGUAUGUUGUGCUAGACUACGCUGUGUUACAGGGAGAGAGGGCAGGAACUACAGGACAAGUUGUAAAACCUUCAUCUUAUGUCUUUUAAUGCAGGUUAUUAGACGUCACAAACCCUCUGGUUCUGAUGUUUGGACACUAAAGAGAGAGAACACAGCAUCAACAAGCUAAAUGUGUGCUGGAUUCUUCUUCCUCUCUCUCGUCCAUUUGACCUGUCGAUAAAAUACAUUUUAAUUAAACACAAGUAAAAUCUGUGAUUUUAAAAGUAGCUUAGCCAGAUGAGAUCACAACAUUCCAGUAGACAUAGCAGUGCUGCUACUCUGCUAAGCUAGGCUAGCGUCCUUUUAGCAGGACUGGUUUAGCUGGUGUUACUUUGUCCUUUAAGACACCUACUUUGUUUGCAUUGAAACAAGCUCAGUUACUAAGAUAUUGGAGUAUCAACAUUCAUUUUGCAAUUCCAGGAAAAAUAGGGCUGAGUAUCUUUAGCUAAUCUCACGAGCUAGCUGUAGCUAACUAGCACUGUAGCCACAUUUGACAGGGCUGCAGUCUUUUUUUUUUAGCUUACAUUUGUUAUUAAGUAAGAAUUUGCUGUGUACCAUUGGUUGUCCUGAUAGUGGUUAAUGAACCAUUUACUUGUUACCUAUUUAUGUGUAAUUAUUUAUUUACUUGCUACUGAGUAAAACAUAAAAGCAUGAUAAUUCUCAGGCAAGUCCUUGAGUCUGUUUUCUAUAAUUACUAAACGUCCUUUAUGGAAGUUUGUUAGCACUGUCCAAUAAUUGUAACUUAGGAUCACACUCGGUGGCACAGAAUCACUUAUACCUGUAGGUGUCCAACAGUUUGUUAGCAGUGGAUAUAUCUACAUACUAUCCUCAGAAGGUGUGAGGCACACUGAAUCUGUCCUGUGUCUCUCUGUUUAUAACAUUUAAUAACUUACAACCACGAUGGUUGACAUAAAUUGUGGCACUCGGGUCAAAAGAUUUGACAGUGGCCAUAGAGGCUGCUGCAAAUUCAUCGUAUUGAUACGCAAGGCAAACUACAAAAACUCAUUUUCUCUGUGUUUUUAGAGCAGCUGUCCCUUUUACCUCACACUUUGCCUCACUCCUCCCUAACAUGGGUAAAAACAAGGCCCAGAAUCCAAAUCAACUGUUUUCAGCAAAAUUAAGGACAAGGUUGGUGGAAACCACCCAGAACUGGCAACGCUGCUGCAGUGCAGUUCCUGCAGCCUGUUCUUACUUCUGUGUUCAGGUUCAGGUGAUUUUUCCCUGCUACUUUUAUCCCCACAAAUACACAUUUAAAGAUGUAAUGAUCAUUUCCAUGGAAAGUCAGAUUCUUGUUUUAACCAGAUGUGAAGUUGCAGUGUCAGCCUGAAGCCACGUGUAACAGGGUAAUAGCUCAUCCAUUUGAUCUGAGUGACUAAGGGCAUCUUUACAAACCUGCAGGUCUUCAUUUACACUUUUAAAGUGCUAUGUCUUUUUAUGGAUAUGGACUGAGGUGGUGAUGCUGUUUCCUGCUGUGCCGGGUCACGUGAAGGUUCCUGUGCACAGAAUUUGUAUCCGGAACAAAAAGAACAAAGGGAUUCAGAUGUUACACGGAUUUGAUGCUUGUAUGUUUUUGUUAAAUGCUCACUGACUUGUUUACUCAUUAACAGCUGUGUUUAUUUACAGUUUACGUGCACUUACUUCUGUGUACAUGAUGAAGACCGAUGUGCAGCUCCACUUGAUUUAAAUGUGACACAUGGGAGCCAUAGAGCACAAUGAGGCGCAGCACUGUUUCUGUAAUGCAUCUGUUCAUGUUGUCCUGACUGCUCUGGUCCUGCUGUGUUGUGUUAAUGGUAACUUUAUUUUUACUUGUAUGCUGUUUUUUAAUGGUUUGACCACUGAACAGCUAAAAGAGCGUUUGACAGUUUCUGGAUCUGAGGACACUGCAGGUUUUGAGUCUUUUCUAUAAAGAUGCUGCCGUUUGAAAAUAAACUGGAAACACCUGAAACUGUCAGGAUUGUUUGAAUAAUACUGAGCUAAGUUAUGGGAUCUGUCUUCACCCAUCUGUUCAGAAAUUAGUGUAAAAAUGUUUCUUUUUAAACUCAACAGUUCAUUCUGCUGGUUAUCAGGUGUUUGGGGAUGCAUCCUAAACUAGAUCAGCAUUUGGCAGCUGCACCCAACUCUGUAGGUGUAACAAGACGUUUAAUUCGUUGUGUAAAAUGUAAAUUUGCCUCCAAACAAAUGAGAUGUUAUUUUAUGUCUCAUUUUCAUAUUGGCAGAUGUUUUUAUUGCACGUCACUGUUAUCAAGCUUGUGCUUGGCGAUCACAUCGAUGACUGAAGACACAAACACUGGAUCGUGGUCGACACUAAGCUGGAGAGGCGACAGGCCCUCGGACCUGUUUGUGCUCCUUUUCCGUCUGACAAAAGCCUCGUGCUUCUGUCUGCUGCUACAGCUCGAUCCUAGCCUCAUGCAUUAGCCCACACAUUCAGGCCACAGAGGAAACCAGUGGGCUCUAUAAAGGGUCAUUUAAAAA